AUGCAGCAUCAGGAGUUUCUCACAGUAUGGACAUAUCUGCGAUUAAUGAUACCGUUCGAGAUAAUUGGCAGGUUUAUCUCGAUCCUUCGGAGACUAGAACAACAAGUCCUCGCAGUAUGGACUUACCUUCGAAUGAUGAUUCAGCUCCAGGAGUUCCUCGCAAUAUGGACUUACCUUCGAUUGACGAUUCAGCUCCAGGAGUCCCUCGCAGUGUGGACUUACCUUCGAAUGAUGAUUCUGCUCCAGAAGUCCCCUCGCAAUAUGGACUUACCUUCGAUUGACGAUCCAGCUCCAGGAGUCUCUCGCAGUGUGGACUUACCUUCGAAUGAUGAUCCUGCUCCAGAAGUCCCUCGCAAUAUGGACUUACCUUCGAUUGACGAUCCAGCUCCAGGAGUCUCCCGCAGUGUGGACUUACCUUCGAAUGAUGAUCCUGCUCCAGAAGUCCCUCGCAAUAUGGACUUACCUUCGAUUGACGAUCCAGCUCCAGGAGUCUCUCGUAGUGUGGACUUACCUUCGAAUGAUGAUCCUGCUCCAGAAGUCCCUCACAAUAUGGACUUGCCUUCGAUUGACGAUCCAGCUCCAGGAGUCUCUCGCAAUAAGGAGUUACCUCCAAAGGAUAAGGCUGCUCUAGGUGUAAGUACUCGUAAACGAAAAGCCAAAACAAGUAUCCGAUACGUUGAUUACAUGUCUGAUGAAGAUUUUUCCACAUUAUUCUGUCUUGGUGAAGAGAAUGGCGCAGUUGAUUCUGACGAAUGGUUGCAACAUGCAGAUCUCAGCGAUCCAAAAAAAAAAAAGAAAGAAAAGGAAGAUCAUGAAACAGAGAAAGAAGAAAGUUUUAAUAGAUUUUCUACUCAUAAAUCUAUACACAAAACUGAUCCUUCCACAUUAUGUGCAAGCUUCGACUUGAAGAAGGUGUUGAAUACUCCACAUGGCGAGUCAAUGCUGCUUUAUUAUUCAAGAAAAAUAGCGGUAUAUAAUCUAUGUUUCUACGAAAACGGAACACGUAGAGUAACUUGCUAUUAUUGGGAUGAAAGCAACGGGAAAAGGGGUGCAAAUGAAAUCGCAAGUAUUCUCCACAGGUACAUAAAAUCUGUGGAUGAAAGAGAAAAUAUAAAACACCUUCUUCUAUACUGCGACUGUUGCCCUGGGCAGAAUAGAAAUCGCACUGUCCUAGCCAUGAUACAUUCUACUUUGCAGGAGUGUAAUAAUCUUCAGACGAUACAAAUUAAUUAUUUACUAACAGGACACACAUAUAUGCCUGUUGACAGUGUACACGCCGUUAUAGAGAACAACCUUAAAAAAACUAUAAUUCAUGCGCCUUCGCAAUGGUACACUGUAUUUGCUACGGCAAUAAAAGAACCUUUUCCGUAUGAAGUUGAAGCAAUGACUUUUGAAAGUUUUAAUAGAUGGGACGUCGUUGGUGAUAAAUACUUCAAAGGGAAUUUGACUGGGAAAAUUAGCAAAGUUCGUGUCGUGACUGUCAAGAAAAAUAAGCCUUCCAUGAUUUCUAUCAAAGACUCCAUGAACGUUAAUGCAAAACCGUAUAAUGUCGAAGUUCAAUCCAAAACCAAAGGUCCACUGAUGCCUUGCUACCGAUCACGACUGCCAAUCGCAGAGGCCAAAUAUAAUGAUCUCAUGAAACUUUGUAAAGAUAAAGUAAUACCUGCUCCAUUCCAUCACGAAUACUCCAUUAUCCCAAAGGCUACUAAUGCAAAAGAUACCUUGCCUGAAUCAGAUAUAGAAGAUGAUGAAUAA